AUGGACUACGAUUAUCUUAUAAAACUAUUGUGUGUCGGUGAUUCUGGAGUUGGAAAAACAAGUUUUCUUUAUAAAUAUACUGACGGAGUCUUCCACACUCAAUUCAUUUCAACAGUUGGAAUUGAUUUUAGAGAAAAGACUGUGAUAUAUCAACAGAAUGCAAGGCAACACCGUAUUCAUUUACAGUUAUGGGAUACUGCAGGACAAGAAAGAUUUCGAAGUCUUACCACAGCUUUUUAUAGAGAUGCAAUGGGAUUUUUGUUACUAUUUGAUCUGACAAAUGAAGCUUCCUUUUUAGAAGUUCGGAAUUGGAUAGAGCAACUGAAGACGCAUAGUCUCAGCAAUGACCCCGACAUAGUACUAUGUGGCCAUAAAUGUGACCUUCAAGAAAAGCGAUUAGUGAAUCAAAACAGGGCUAGAGAGUUCGCCAAAAAUUACAAUUUGCCAUAUCUGGAAACGAGUGCCAAAACAGGACAGAAUAUUGACAGGGCCAUUGAGAUUCUUCUUGAUAAGAUUAUGUAUAGAAUGGAAACUUCAGUAGAGUAUGCAAUGCUCUGCGCUUCGGGGCGUAGACGCCAGUCCCUUCAAAGACUUCAAGCACAGCAAGACAGAAAGCUGUGCUCGUGC